CAAAAAGCUGAAUCUAUUUCUUAUCAAAUUGUUAAUAAUCUAAAUGACAAUAAACCAGUUGAUAAAGUUAUUAGUCAGUUUGAAGAUAUUUUGUUUAAUGAAUCUGAUUCUGAAUUUGAUCAUAAAAUUAAAGAUAAAAUAAAUGCUUUAGGAGAACUUUUAAAAAAAGAAGAAGAAAUAACUAAAGAAAUUAAGAAAUUAAGGAAAAAAUAUAAUAUUGAAAUUGUUAAAAAACAGACUGAUUUAAGAAAUAAAAUUGUUAAGAUUUUGAUUCUUAAGUUGAAAAAUAAUCUUCAAGAUGUUGAAAGUGGUGAUUAA